AUGCGAAUUCUCAUCUGUUUGGUGCUGUUUUUAUUCGGUGAUCAUGCACAAACCGCUCAUGGAUAUCGUACACCAUUCAAUCGCCUUACAAAAUCAAGCAAUCCUCCGCUAGAGGAUCGCCAACAAAUUAUAUGGAUUAAUACAACGUAUCAAGCUGAAGAUAAUGGUGUUGAUAUCGCACGAUUACCGCAGUGUAAAGCAUGGCAGAAGUGGUGGACUCUCGAAGUGAGAGUUACAUUCACUUUUGAUGAAUUCAACUUUUGA